CGGAGAAGCAGCCACUUCCUGGAGGCGCCGGCUGGGGCCGCUCGCUUCACUUAGCGCUGGAGCCGGGAGCCCGCGGCUGCCGCCAUGUCCCACCAGACCGGCAUCCAAGCUAGUGAAGAUGUUAAAGAUAUCUUUGCCAGAGCAAGAAAUGGGAAAUACAGACUUCUGAAAAUAUCUAUUGAAAAUGAGCAACUUGUGAUUGGAUCAUGUAGUCAACCUUCAGCUUCGUGGGAGAAGGAUUAUGAUUCCUUUGUUCUCCCGUUACUAGAGGACAAACAGCCAUGCUAUAUAUUAUUCAGGUUAGAUUCUCAGAACGCCCAGGGAUAUGAAUGGAUAUUCAUUGCAUGGUCUCCAGAUCAUUCUCAUGUUCGUCAAAAAAUGUUGUAUGCAGCCACAAGAGCAACUCUGAAAAAGGAGUUUGGAGGGGGCCAUAUUAAAGAUGAAGUGUUUGGAACAGUAAAGGAAGAUGUAUCACUACAUGGAUAUAAAAAAUAUUUGGUAUCACAGUCUUCUCCUGCCCCACUGACUGCAGCUGAAGAAGAAUUACGACAGAUUAAAAUAAAUGAGGUUCAGACUGAUGUAAGUGUGGACACUAAGCAUCAGACACUACAAGGAGUUGCAUUUCCUAUUUCUCAAGAAGCUUUUCAGGCUUUGGAAAAAUUAAGUAACAGACAGCUCAACUAUGUGCAGUUGGAAAUAGAUAUAAAGAAUGAAAUUAUAAUUUUGGCCAACACUACAAAUACAGAACUGAAAGAUUUGCCAAAGAGGAUUCCCAAGGAUUCAGCACGUUAUCAUUUCUUUCUGUAUAAGCAUUCCCACGAAGGAGACUAUUUGGAGUCCAUAGUGUUUAUUUAUUCAAUGCCUGGGUACACGUGCAGUAUAAGAGAGCGGAUGCUGUACUCUAGCUGCAAGAGUCCUCUGCUAGAGAUUGUAGAAAGGCAACUACAAAUGGAUGUAAUCAGAAAGGUAGACUCAUCUGUUUAUUUGAGAAAUGUGUUUGUGCUAGGUUUUUCUAUAUCCAAAAUUUCUAUAGACUUUCUGUCAUCUUAA